AUGAAAGUCGCAGCACUGAUUGCUUGGGUCAAUCUUCUGGUACAAGUGUCUCAGGGUGCUCAGGGACACUAUGCUCGUAAACUUCUGAAUGACCUGAUGGAGGACUACUCCAAUGCUCUGAGACCUGUAGGAGACACUGACAAAGCCCUCAAUGUCUCCCUUCAGAUAACUCUUUCCCAGAUUAAGGAUAUGGAUGAACGAAACCAGGUGCUAACUACAUACCUGUGGAUCAGGCAGGUGUGGCAUGAUGCCUACCUGAAGUGGAACAAGGAGGACUAUGAUGAUCUGGAGAUGAUCAACAUUCCCAGUGACCUGGUUUGGAAGCCUGACAUAGUCCUUUAUAACAAAGCAGAUGAAGAAUCAUCUGGUCCAUCCAACACCAAUGUGAAGCUUCGUUACAAUGGGGAGAUUGUCUGGGAUUCUCCGGCCAUCACGAAAAGCACGUGCGUGGUGGAUGUAUCCUACUUCCCUUUUGAUUGGCAACAGUGCAACCUUACCUUUGGUUCCUGGACCUACAAUGGGAAUCAGGUGGACAUAAGCUUGGCGAUGGUUACUGGCGACCUUUCUGACUUUGUGGAGAAUGUGGAGUGGGAGUGUCACGGCAUGCCGGCGGUGAGGAACGUCAUGAUGUACGGCUGCUGUUCAGACCCCUACACUGAAGUCACCUACACCUUGCUACUGAAGCGCCGUUCCUCCUUCUACAUCUUCAACCUGCUCCUACCUUGCUUCCUCAUCUCAUUCCUGGCACCGUUGGGCUUCUACCUGCCGGCCGACUCCGGGGAGAAGGUGUCGCUGGGGGUCACCGUGCUCCUGGCGCUCACUGUGUUCCAGCUGCUGGUGGCGGAGAGCAUGCCACCUGCAGAGAGCAUGCCCUAUAUAGGCAAGUACUAUAUUGCCACCAUGACCAUGAUCACAGCUUCUACAUCUCUCACCAUCUUCAUUAUGAACAUUCAUUUCUGUGGAGCUGAGGCCAAGCCAGUUCCUCACUGGGCUAAAGUCCUCAUCAUUGACUACAUGUCAAAAAUCUUUUUUGUCUAUGAAGUAGGGGAGAAUUGUACCACUCCAGACUGUGAGAAGAACCCUCUCUAUCCUGAUGAACUCAUGAGUGAUAUAAAUGUCAAGCCUGACGAUUGUGACAUCUACCAUGACAGCAAACCAUACAUGCACGGCAACAGCCACAGCACGUAUAAUAACAGCAAACAUCACAAAAACCAGGCUAACGGCAAAGUAAACAAGAAGCAUCAUUACUACAACAGCAGCGCUUCUGGACCAGAGCGGGCAGAAAGGAAAAGAGAGGCCUCACAGCACUACCAACAUCACAUCGGAAGGAAUGAAGACUACAUGGCUGGUCCACAUCCUCCAAAUCUUGAGCAUUUGAAUGGAGGACUGAAGGAGCAGCUCCUUUUUGCUGAGGAGAAACAUCAGAUCUCUGACUGCCCCUGCAGCUGCCCCUGCCUACAACACAAUCAGGUGGUGACGAACAUUCAGUACAUGGCAAACUGCUUCCGUGAGCAAAGGACUACAUGUGUCAAGGCUGCUGAGUGGAAGAAGGUUGCCAAGGUAAUGGAUCGAUUUUUCAUGUGGAUCUUUUUCAUCAUGGUGUUCCUCAUGAGCAUCUUGAUUAUUGCCAAGGCGUCUUGA